AUGAAGUAUGAUUAUAAGAAACCUGGAAAUAAGUGUUCUGAUUACUGCAUACUGAUGUAUCUGUUUGCACAGUCAGCGAUUACCAACAUAAUACUGAUACAAACAGGAUCGGCAAAAAGAUCAUUUGUUAUAAAUUGUUGUCAUGCAGUGAAAAGGAAGUGUGCGAUAUUGAUAACAGAUACCAGUAAGUUCCACUUUUACAAUCGUAAAAAUCUCCUUAAGAUCAGCCUAAAUUCCAAUUUAUCGAUUAUAAAAGGAUAUUUGGAAGAGGAAAGAACGAAGGAAAUUCCGGGAUCACUCGAGAAGUAUACGGGAUAG